CGCGGUGGACCAGGUCCAUGAGCCACCUAGGAGCAGUCUGCUCUUCAGACUUGUAAUUCGUCAUAAAUUUUAGCGAACGUACAGUGCAGUUAUUAUGCAACAUAAUAUUAAAUUAGCUAUGAAACUGUUGAAGUAUUAAACGAGCAUGUGAUAGUUUGUCUGAAUUACAGUGAGUAUCGUCAGACGUAUUGUGUAUCUUGCUUAAUCAAUCAUGAAUUACAAUUUUAAGAAUCAUGACACCAUCCUGGUAACAUACCGGCGUUAAUAACUUAUCAUGUUAUUUAUUUUACACACCGCAAGACGAUGUCAAAGUCUGAAAUGUCUACCGCCUUCAAAGAUACUCGGUACAAUGUAUUCCACCGGCGUUGCAAAGCCGACGCCAUCUGCAGAACACACUCCUGCAGAACGAGAAGGGCCUUGUUUAACUGUGGGAAAAAAUCAUCGGCGUCACACAAUUGUUACAAGUAUUUCUGUGGCUCCAAAUGCAGCCACCCCUACUUCAAUGGGUGAUAUGGUACCAAAAUUUCAAGAAGCUGUUACCACCAGUUCUCUAAAACCAAAGAGAAAACCUGUGCAAGAACCAGAAUGGAGGCAUAUGGAAGUGGACACUUCCAAAUUCUCUACGCAUUGUUUAAUGCUUUCUAAAAUUAGAUUAACGUCUCUAGUAGUCAUUACAACCAUGGGUGGAUACGCACUGGCUCCAGCUGCGUUUGACAUUCAGACUUUUGUGUUAUGUUCAAUAGGAACUGGGCUUGUAUCAGCAACGGCUAAUUCUAUAAAUCAAUUUUUAGAAGUCCCAUUCGAUGCUCAGAUGUCGCGAACAAAAAACAGGGUGUUAGUUCGUGGUCAUCUCACGCCAGCCUAUGCAAUCGCAUUUGCAACGGUGUCGGGUGUUGCCGGACUUUCGAUGCUAUACUUAGGCGUCAAUGGAUUGACAGCAGCCCUAGGUGCUACAAACCUUAUACUCUACACUCUAAUUUACACACCCAUGAAACGUGUCAGUAUUCUCAAUACUUGGGUUGGAUCCAUUGUUGGUGCAAUCCCGCCAUUGAUGGGAUGGGCUGGAUGUGCUGGGAACAUUACAGCUCCUGGUGCUUGGAUUAUGUCCGGCAUGCUAUAUGCCUGGCAAUUCCCACACUUCAAUGCCUUAUCUUGGAACUUGCGACCUGAUUAUUCUCGUGCUGGAUAUAGAAUGAUGGCUGUAACUAACCCUGGUUUGUGUCGCAGAGUUGCAUUGAGAUACACGGCCGCGAUCAUGGGUCUGUCGUACUUAGCACCUGCUUUAGAUGUCACGAACUGGUGGUUUGCAGUGGAAUCAACACCGUUAAAUGCAUACUUUCUCUAUUUAGCUUGGCAAUUCUAUAAAGAGUCUGACAGUGCGAGUUCGCGUAAACUAUUUCGAUUUUCGUUGAUACACUUGCCAGCUUUAAUGUUACUUAUGCUCUUCAACAAAAAGUCCUUGAGCAAUACAGUAGAUACGACGGAUUCUAUUUCAACCAAUGGUGAAAAAGAUCCUCAAAGGUAUUUUCCCAUGUUGGGGAAACCAACUACGUUGCAAGCAUCUACGGUGUAGCGGAACUUUCAGGUAGAGAAUAUUGUGAUUUUGUAAACCAUAGUACGAAAAAUUACAAUUUGAUAUAUGUAUGAUGACAAUUUGAAUCACGAUAUUGUUAUACAAGGCGUCAUGUAAAUAUAUGAUAUCACAAUU